AUGAUGAUCAUGAUAAUAAUUAUAAAUGUGAGCGCUGCAGAAAAUGUGACGUACGACGGAAGAUCUCUCAUAAUUGAUGGCAAGAGACAACUCCUCUUCUCUGGUUCAAUUCACUAUCCUCGCAGUACUCCUGAGAUGUGGCCAUCAUUGAUAGAAAAAGCCAAGGAUGGAGGACUUGAUGUGAUUCAGACCUAUGUGUUUUGGAACCUUCACGAGCCCAAACAGGGACAGUACGAUUUCGGUGGCAGAUAUGAUUUAGUCAAAUUCAUAAAGGAAAUCCAGGCACACGGGCUUUACGUUUGCCUUAGAAUCGGACCCUACAUUGAGGGUGAGUGGACUUAUGGUGGAUUUCCAUUUUGGUUGCACGACGUACCCGGUAUCAGUUAUCGCACAGAUAAUGAGCCAUUCAAGUUUUAUAUGAAAAACUUCACCACAAAGAUAGUGAACAUGAUGAAGUCGGAAGGUUUAUAUGCUUCACAAGGAGGCCCCAUCAUAUUGUCACAGAUUGAGAACGAAUAUGAAAACGUGGAAGGGGCAUUCCAUGAACAAGGAGCCUCCUAUGUUCGUUGGGCUGCAAAAAUGGCUGUUGAUCUUGAAACUGGUGUUCCAUGGGUGAUGUGCAAGCAGAGUGAUGCUCCUGAUCCUGUGAUCAAUACAUGCAAUGGAAUGAAAUGUGGAGAAACUUUCAAGGGGCCAAAAUCACCGAAUAAGCCGUCGAUGUGGACAGAGAAUUGGACAUCUUUUGUUGAAGUAUAUGGUGGCCAACCCUACAUAAGGUCGGCUGAAGAUAUAGCGUUCCAUGCGGCGCUUUUUAUAGCAAGAAAUGGAAGUUAUGUCAAUUAUUACAUGUACCAUGGCGGAACUAAUUUCGGCAGAACAAGCUCUGCAUAUGUCAUCACAAGUUAUUACGAUCAAGCUCCUAUAGAUGAAUAUGGUCAGUUAAGACAGCCCAAAUGGGGUCAUCUUAAGGAGCUGCAUGCUGCAAUAAGAAACUGCUCUGGAACUUUGCUAAAGGCCGUGCCAACAAACAUAUCUUUAGGCCAAAGUCAAGAGGCCUAUAUCUUUAGGGAAGAAGCAGAAGGAUGUGUUGCGUUUCUUAUAAAUAGGGAUAAUAAAACUACUGCUGCAGUACAAUUUCAAAACCAAUCAUAUUUGUUGCUACCCAAGUCCAUAAGUAUUCUACCAGAUUGCAAAACUGUCAUCUUCAACACCGCAAAGGUAAAUACAAAGGCCAACACAAGAAUUAGAAAACCAACCCUAACGUUUGACUCAGCGGAUAGAUGGAGAAAAUUCACAGAUGUCAUCCCAAACUUUGAAGAUACUACAAUAAGAGCCGAUACAUUGCUUGAGCACAUGAAUAUGACUAAAGAUGAAUCGGACUACGUUUGGUAUACUAUGAGGUUUGACAACAACGUUUCUUGCACUGAGGCAGUACUUCAUGUUGAGUCUUUGGGACAUGUUACGCAUGCUUUUCUUAAUAACAUUUACUUUGGAAACACACACGGCAACAAAAGUAGUAAAGGAUUGGUCAUGGAGAAUCCUAUAAAGUUAAAUGAUGGGAUAAAUAAUAUUUCCCUUCUCAGUGUUAUGGUUGGACUACCGGAUUCUGGACCUUUUCUUGAAAGAAGAGUUGCUGGGUUAACGAGAGUGGAAAUUCAAUGCACAAAUGAAAACGAAUUCUACAAUUUUACAAAUUACGAGUGGGGAUAUCAGGUUGGACUAUUUGGAGAGAAGUUACAUCUAUACAGAGAACAAAAUCUUGGUGAUGUAGAAUGGGAUGAAUUUGAAGUUGUCUCUGAUUCCAAUCAAACACUUACUUGGUACAAGAUUGUAUUUGAUGCACCGAAGGGAAAUGGUUCACUGGCAUUAAACCUUAGUGUAAUGGGAAAAGGGGAAGCAUGGAUCAAUGGACAUAGCAUUGGUCGUUAUUGGGUUACGUUCCUUACUUCUAAGGGCAGACCUUCACAAUCCUUGUACCAUGUCCCUCGAUCAUUCCUCAAAGAUACUGAGAACGUUUUGGUGUUGCUUGAAGAACUUGGUGGGAAUCCUCUUCACGUUACAUUGGACGCCAUUUCUAUUAAUUUAAACGAAAACCAAUCCUAUAGUAGUCAUCCUCCUAUAUAA